CUCGUUGCUAGGGGCGGAGGAGCCGGGGGCAGUGGAGGCUGCGGAUGCUCUGUCGAUGGUCUGCGGCUCCGCGGCUCCGCGGGCCUUGGCGUCCGCGCGACCAGCCACGGUGCAAAGAGAUGCUUAGAGAAGAGAUUAACUCAAGCAUCUUUACAGAGAUUAGGAAGUGGCUGCCUGAAUUAUUUUCCAAAGGAUAAACAUUACAUAUAAUUAAAAAUGGCAACUCACCAGGAAGAUCCUUUUGGUUUGGGGGGCAUACAGCUUCCAUCAACUACAAGGGAUGCUGCUACUCAUAUGCCAACUGAAACACACUCCUCUUCAGGCUUCCUGUAGGUUUUGUGUCGUAAUGGGGAAACUGCAGAGCAAACUCAAACACAGCACUUACAAAUACAGCAGGCCUGAUGGAAUUAUAGAAGAGAGAAUUCAAACGAAAGCUUUUCAAGAGUAUAGCCCAGCUCAUGUGGACGCUGUCUCUGUCAUUGCUGCUCUGAACUCAGACCUUUGUGUCUCUGGAGGAAAAGAUAAGACAGUCGUGGCCUAUAAUUGGAAAACUGGAAAAGUGGUGAAAAGGUUCAAAGGACAUGAACGUGAAAUCACCAAGGUAGCCUGUAUGCCCCAGUCAGACCAAUUCUUCAGUGCCUCUCGGGACAGGAGGGUCCUGAUGUGGGACUUGCAUGAUUCCUCCCAGCCCAGGCAGCAGCUGUCCGGCCAUGCCAUGGUGGUCACUGGGUUGGCUGUGAGUCCAGACACGUCACAGCUGUGCACUGGCUCUCGGGACAACACUCUGCUUCUGUGGGACGUGGGGACUGGACGGUGUGUGGAGAGAGCUUGUGUCUCCAGGAACCUGGUCACUCACAUGUGCUGGGUCCCCAGAGAACCAUAUAUACUACAGUCCUCUGAAGAUAAAACCAUCAGACUGUGGGACAGUCGGGGACUGCAGGUCGCUCACAUGUUUCCCACAAAGCAGCACAUUCAGACCUACUGCGAAGUCAGCAUGGAUGGCCACAAGUGUAUCUCCUGCAGCAAUGGCUUUGGAGGCGAAGGCUGUGAAGCCACAUUGUGGGACCUAAGGCAGACAAGAAACAGAAUAUGUGAGUAUAAGGGGCAUUUCCAGACAGUUGCAUCCUGUGUCUUUCUGCCAAGAACGUUGGCCUUGGUGCCUGUGAUUGCUACCUCUUCACAUGACUCCAAGGUGAAGCUUUGGAACCAAGAUACUGGAGCCUGCCUUUUCACCUUGUCUCUGGAUGGAUCUGGACCCUUGACAUCCCUGGCUGUUGGUGACCCCAUCUCCUUAUUAUGUGCAAGUUUCAACAGAGGAAUUCACUUACUUCGAAUGGACCACAGCCGAGGGCUGGAACUGAAGGAAGUGGCAGCUUUCUGAAGCCAAGAGACAUUCACUGGACAAUGUCAAACCAUUCCUCUCCUUCCUCUGUGUGGCUUUGUGUUUUUCUGCGUUUUUUUUUUUUGGGGGGGGGGAAGGUGGAAUGUAGGCCUGGUGUUCUUUGCUUACAUUUACUUAGAAGGUAUAUCAGUAUUAGAAGUCAAUUUAAGUUCAGUGAGUCAAAAUCAGGUAAAAAGUUUAGAAACAUGGACUAAACCUAAAGUUCACAAUCUAAGUUAAACCCAAAUGCAGUGUUUUAGUGAGUGUUUGGGUCAACUCUUCCAAAAAAAAUAAAAAUAAAAAGUUUUACUCAAGACAGUGACCUGGAGGCACAGGAGUGAGGGAUGUGUCUAUGAGCACAGAGGUACAGCUGGAUUCCGUCAGACUCACCUUUCCGGCGUAUGUCCACAAAAUAGAUAAAUAAGUCAAUACAAAAGAAAGAAGAAAUAAAAGGCAGCAGGAACAGAAUCUGCUUUGGUCGCCUCAAAAAAAUCAUUUGAAUAGGAAAGAAGAGUUCGGCUCCAUAGAGGACGUGGACCAUCUGCCAUAGUCCAAGCGCUGGGCACUGCCCCUCAGCAGCCUGAAGAACAAAACUGGGCAGAAAGCCAGAGCCUUGGCUUCACCCAGGGGGCAGUAGACCCCGCCCGCGCUUGAGCCUCCCUAGACCAGCGCUGCUGAGGUGGCAGGAAAACAGCCCCUGAGAUGGUCUCAAGUGGUUGACCAGCACAGGGGCAUCACCCGGACUGUUCCAUGGGUAAGGAAAGGGAGAGGUUCAGAGAGUAAGGCUGAAAAC